ACAGUUCCAACAUUUCUUGUCAUCUAACACGCACCCCAUCUCUGCUUCCCAUCACAGCGCACAACUCAUCGUUUAGCAGCCCAGCGUUCUAGCGACUGCUACGAUGAGCACGAAAAGCGCCCUAAAAUCCAUUCGCGCAAAGCUCCAAAAUCAAGAGCCAGAGGGCGCAUUGCAUGAGGCAACGACGCUCCUCAAAAGCAUUGGCGAGAAGGACCCCGAGGCGCCGACUGUACUCGCGUUUCGCGCACUUGCCCUCACGCAUAUCGAGCGUCUUGACGAGGCCGAGAAGUCGUACCAUGCUGCACUGAGACUUGCACCCGGUCAUGCGCUCGCCCUGCCCGGGUUGAAGAAGCUUUACAUAAACAACAAACGUUGGGAUGACCUAGGUCGUCUCCUUGAGAUACAGGUGCAGGCGGCCUACGAUGCGGGCGACGCCGAGAAAGCAUCAGCUGCGAUGCAGGAGGUCAUAGAGCACCGACUCACUCAUGGCCCCAAGGCGAUGCUGUACGACGCGCUUCGUCUGCUUUUGCCUUCGUCACCCCUUGUCCCACUGAUCCAGACGGCUCCGGUGCCGCAGGGAUCCUACGUGCCUUUGCAGCCCCCAAAGUAUCCAGCAGCUAAGGAUGCGACCGCUCCCGAGAUCCCUCGCCCCCUGCCUCACGUUCACCAUCUCGCUGGCUCGCUUGCGCUCGUUCUCUAUCUACUUCUCCGGGUGCAGGCAGAGAUUUACACGAACACGGAGGCCCAGGUUAAGGCUGGCCGCCAGCGCAUUAACGCUGGAACUGAGCGCGAUGUGCGCCGUCGCGUGGACGCUGAAGUGCUUGGAGGCCCGCUGGGAGCGCAGAUGAUCAACCUGUUGCGGGACGUAUCAUCUCACCCCUCCGUGGACGAGGACAUGCGCCGCCUUGUCGAGGUGCAAGAGUUUAAGUAUUGGCGUCGUCUUGUGUCUGUGGUCACCGACGGCAAGGACAAGAAGUCAGCUCCAAAGGCCCCACCCAAUGCGCCGGCAAAGAGUGGCAUGAUGAUCUCGGCCGGUUUGCCGCCCAAGCCCUCAGCGACCUUGGCAGAGGAUCCAAAUACCCCGCCAUUGUUUAGAAAGCCCGAGACACCAAAGAUUACGAAGGCCGAGGCUUGCAAGCGCACCGGGGGCUUGGCGGAAGGUUUCGUUCUCCUCGAGAUCGGCGUCCCUGGCGCGGAAGAUGCUUGGGCGUGGGUUAUAGAGGGUCGCGACGAGCCCACUAUUGAAUACGACCACGAUCUGCUCAUGAGGUACGCUAAGGUGUUCCCCAACUCGGCUUUCACCGACUUCAUCGACGACUAUGCUCGUCUUCAUCAGCUUCCUUUGCCCGAGCCUGAUGAGGACCAGCCUGCACCAGCCGAGACCGGGUCGCCCGGCAGCGACAAGGAGAAGGAGAAAAAGAGCAGGUACCGCCGGCCCAACAAGGGGCGCAAAGACCGCGAGAAUGCUCGCGCUCGCCGUAAGGCCCGCCGCGAGGCGAAGCGCGACGGCAAGCUCGCCGAAAAUCUCACUGAGGAGGAGCGCGAGGAGCUGACUGCGGCCAUGACCAAGACACUCGACAGCCUGAAGACCUCGAUCUUUGCACACCGAGUCAUGGCAAGUGUCGCAAUGAAGGACGAGGACUGGGUGAACGCGAUCGCGUACGCCGAGAAGGCCCGCAAGCUUGUGCGUGAGGUGGAGAUCGAGCGCGGCAUCACACUUGCAAAGGCUAUGAUCUCCCUUGACGAGGCACUCGGUGUGGCGCUCAUUCCCUACUACGCUCCCAAGCACCACCCUCGCGCCUCACGCCUUCUUAACGGCGUCCUGAAGGCUCAACCGGUCAACUACGCUGCCCGCUUUGGCAUCGGUCAAAUUCUUGAGGCUGCUGGCGAUUGGGCGGGCGCCCAGGAUGAGUUCCAGCGCCUCCUCGACCAAGGCGGCGACGACAAGGAGAUGACGGGCGCUAAGGAGGAAGUCGGCUGGUGCCUCGUUAACCAGGGCAAGCUCGUCGAGGGCCGCGAUGUGCUUGAAGAGGUCGUUGAACUCCGAGACACACGCAAGGAGCAGGAGGGCAAGGAUGACGAGGCGUUUGUUCGUGCCCGCGCGUGGUGGCGCCUCGGCCGCACCGAGUGGAUGAUUGGAGAUGCUGAAUCACGCACUCAGGCCGAGGAGUGGUUCAUGGCGUCGCUGCGCGCCGAUGCGUCCUUCGCACCAUCAUACACUGCCCUCGGUAUCUGCUACGCUGAAGGUCACUCGCCUCCUGACACCGAGCGUGCUCUCAAGUGCUUCCAGAAAGCAUUUGAACUCGAUGCCACUGAGGCCGACGCCGCUCGGCGUCUGGCGUUCGGCUACGCUGACGAGGAUGAGUGGGCACAGGUCCGCGCCAUUGCUAUGCGUGUCAUGGAGGGCGAGGGUGGUGUCGAGGGUGUUGCUGGCGGUGACGCCAUGAACACUUCUACUGGCCGCUUCGCUCCGACGAACGGCUGGGCGUGGAAGGCCCUGGGCUCGACCGAGAUUUACUACAAGAACUACGCCAAGGCAAUCCAGGCAUUCCAGGUGGCACUGCGUGCCGACCCCGAGGAUGCGAGCAUGUGGCGCAUGCUCGGCGACGCAUACGUCAAGAGCGGGCGGCACAUGGCCGGCCUCAAGGCGCUGCAGAAGGCGCUGGACAUUGACCCCAGCAUGUGGAUGGCCCAUUAUCACAUGGGCGAGACAUACAUGCAGUUGGGCGACUAUGCUGGCGCCAUUGCGGCAUUUGAGGAAGUCGACGCCGCUACAAACUCAGCUGAGGUCGGUGUAACAGCCGCGCUGGCUGAAGCGACAUUGGCUCUGGGCCGUGUCUCUGCCGCCGGCGGCUUCCGAGAGCGCUCGCGCAGCGCCUUCCAUGCGGCGAUCAAGUACGCCCUGCGAGUACUCACUUCUGGUCGUUCUCACCGCGCCUGGGCGUGGAAGCUAAUUGGUGAUGCGAUGCUCAAACUUGCCGAGCGCGAGGUCGACCCUAAAGACAUCGAAUCUACUGCCACGAUCAUUCACCCCGUCCUCGAGCACCUUGUUGCGGAUGAUGAUGAUCGCCGUUCUUCCGUUAAUGGGCUUGGGCACGCCUCAAACCUCCUGCAGGCCGCUCCAGGCCCUCACUACGCUGUUAAGGCAGCCGUGUUCGCCUUCGCCUACCGUGCCCACCUCCUCAAGAACGAGCACAGCGCCAACUCGGCCCACUAUGACCUCGGUUGUGCACUCCACACCCUGGCCACGCGAGACGAGGAACUUCGCACACCUGCAACCAAGGCCGCAAUCUUGGCAGUGCGCUUGGCGCUGGAGCGCGACCCGAGCGAUGAGCGGCUGUGGAACGCUCUUGGCGUGAUUUGCGCCGCAGCAGGUCAGCAACUUGCCCAGCAUGCCUUUGUUGUCUCACUCGAGCUGUACUCUAAGGACCCUGAAGUGUGGACGAACCUCGGAUUCUUGUAUACACGAGCAGACGACCGCGAGCUCGCGAACCAGUGCUUCCUCAAAGCCCAGACGCUCGAUCCUGACUAUGCGCGCGCAUGGUUUGGCCAAGCGAUUCUCGCCCAGAGGGACGGGCAAUAUCACGCCUCAGCCGGUCUGUUCGCGCAUUCUGCCACGCUCUCUGCUGGCAGUUUGCUCGAGGCCGAUCUGGCCCUUGCGCUCGGUGCCUUUGGCCCUUUCCUCACUCCUCUUGCGCGAGACACUGCACCGCUACACCAGGCAGCCUUUGCGCUUGCACGUUAUGUUGCGGCCCAUCCGGAGUCAGCGGAGGCGAAGCACCUCCAGGCGCUCGUGACUGAGCGCCUCGGCCUGACGGAUCAGGCGGUGUCGGCGCUCGAGCAAGCCACCAAGCUACUGGAGGACGAGUUCGAGCGCUCCGAGAGCGCGGAAGUCGAGGCAGAGUACGCUACCGCGCUCCUAAACCUCGCGCGUGUGCGUCUUGCCGCCGGCAAGUACGACAGCGCGUUGAGCGCGUUCGUGGACGCGGCGGAACUCGCUGCCGCAUCCUCUGAGGAGCGUGUUGCCCGACAGCUCGCGCAAGCCCGCCUGGGCGCGGCCCUUGCCCACUUCUGGCUCGGUGACCUCGAUGCGUCUCUCGAGAGCUUCCAAUCGUCUUUGGACGCAGCGAAGAACGACGACGCACUCACCGACGAAAUUGCUGUGCUAUUCGCGCGCACACUCUGGUCGGUUGGCGGCGAGGAUGCCGCGGAGGCUGCGAAGAACCAGCUCAUGGAAUCACUGGAGCACGAGCGCCCCUCUCUCAAGGUCAUCGCGGCGCUGGGCGCAGCCGCCCUCGCCUCGUCUGACGCAGAUCUGCUGGAUGCCGCGUUAUCCGAGCUGGCGGACCCCUCGCCCGAGCGUCGCGCCGAGGAUCCGCAACGCACAGCCGACGCCGUGCUAGCGGCCGCGUCGCUCGCAAAGGGCGACGAGGAGGGCGCCAUCACCAGCCUCGAGGCGAGCGCCGCCGCGUCCCCGUGGGACCCUGUGCCACGUAAUCGCCUCGCUGCCGCCUAUGUCGCGGCGGGGAAGUGCGCCCCCGCUGUCGCGCUGUUGCAGCGUACGGGCUUCGGGCCGGUCGCUGAGGCGGCGAAGGCCGAUUCCAUGCGCGGCAUAGCGCUCACGCUCGAGGGCGAGAGUGGGACCGAAAGCUUGCAGCGUGCUGUCAUGCUUCGCCCCUGGGAUAAGGAGGCCUGGGAGGCGCUCGCAUGGGCCAAGCGCGCCGAGGUUGAGCUCGCCGAGUGAUAACAGACGUAUGCAUAUCCCGUCAUCUAUCUGUGCAGCGUUGAAAUCGAUCUUGUCUCGUGUUUUUCUCCCUCCCCGUGGGGCCUUAUCAGACAUUACUCCCUUCAGGAACGUGCCUCGUAUCAACAAACGUUUCUCACGCAACUUCACAGCUUUCAUCUCACGCACGUUUCCUCAACAACAGU